AUGUCUUCUGAAAUCCUUACACGUGCGGAAGUUGCUAAACACAACACCGAGGAGUCCCUCUGGUGCAUUAUUGAUCACCAAGUCUAUGAUUUGACGGACUUUGUGGACGCCCACCCCGGUGGCAGCGUGGUCCUGGCUCAGGUUGCCGGCCAGGAUGCAACUACCGAUUUUUACAACUUGCAUCGCCAGGAAGUUCUGGAGAAGUACCGAGAUCAGCUCUGCAUCGGUACUAUCGAAGGCGAAAAGUCCGAGGUCAUCAUCCCGACGCCUGGUGCUUUAAGCCCCGUGCCCUAUGCCGAACCACUAUGGCUACGUCCUGAAUUUAAGUCGCCUUAUUAUAAAGAGACUCAUCGACGUCUCCAGAAAGCAGUCCGAGAGUUCACAGACAAGUAUGUCACGCCCGAAGCCCAAGAGAAGGAACGAGAUGGCACCUACAUCAGUCAGGAGCUUAUCAACCGGAUGGCCGAGACAAACGUCCUAGCCAUGCGACUUGGUCCCGGAAAACAUCUCCACAACCGAAGUCUGCUUGGUGGGGUCGUCGACGGAAAGGAAUUUGACUACCUUCACGACAUGAUUGUGACGCAAGAGCUGGUUCGGGCAAACGCCCGAGGCUUCCAGGAUGGCAAUAUGGCUGGUAUGGCCAUCAGUUUGACCGCCGUUCAACAAUGGUUGCGAGACCCCGUUCUAAAAGAGCGGAUCAAUGGCGAGGUUUUGUCUGGUCAGAAGAAGAUGUGUCUAGCAAUUACCGAGGCAUUUGCUGGUAGUGACGUUGCUGGGUUGAAGACAACUGCUGUCAAGACCCCAGAUGGCAAGCAUUACAUUGUCAACGGAACCAAGAAAUGGAUUACAAACGGCAUGUUCGCCGAUUAUUUUGUAACCGGAUGUCGUACUGAGAAGGGCUUCUCUGUGCUCCUGAUUCCCCGGGGUGAAGGUGUUGAGACCAAACCUAUCAAGACUUCAUACUCGACUGCUGCCGCUACUGCCUUCGUGCAGUACGAGAAUGUCAAGGUCCCCGUCGAGAAUCUUCUUGGCGAAGAACACAAAGGUUUCAUCGUUAUCAUGAGCAAUUUCAACCACGAGCGAUUUAUGAUGGUGGCCGCAGUGGUUCGAAUGUCUAUGACGGUAGUGGAAGAGACCAUGAAAUGGUGCAACCAGCGUAUUGUCUUCGACAAGAAAUUAAUUGAGCAACCUGUCAUCCGUCAAAAGCUUGCCCGCAUGAUCUCUCUAACGGAAUCUAACCAGGCCUGGCUUGAGUCCAUUGCUUAUCAGAUGUGCAACAUGAGCUAUGCCGAACAAGCGAAGCAUCUGGGUGGGCCAAUCGGAUUACUCAAGUCGCACUGUACUCAAGCUGCGGGUGAGAUUGCCAGCCAUGCCACGAACAUCUUUGGUGGUCGUGGUAUCACUCAGUCUGGAAUGGGAAAGAUCAUCGAAAUGUUCCACCGCACGUACAAGUUCGAUGCCAUUUUAGGUGGAACCGAGGAGAUUUUGGCGGAUUUGGGAGUCCGGCAAGCGAUGAAGAAUUUCCCGAAGGCAAUGCUCUAG